AUGCGUCGGCGAUGCACCGGAAUCUUGAGCGUUCGGGAGGGUCGUCGUGCAGUGUCCACGGCCUCGAAGGCUCUUCUUGGACAAAGACGACAUGGGCAAUCUCUAGAUCUUCUCGCGAAGUCUAGAGAUCAAUGAAGUGGGUCGUCGAAUCGUCUCCGGCGGCUGUCACCCAGCGGAGCAGAAAAACGGCGACUUUGCGGCUCUCCGGCGGCUGUCACCCGACGGAGGGGAGCUGGAUGGAGGUGGGGCGCAUGUUAGGGAGCUUCAUCCUCAGGUCCGCGCAGCAAGAGGAGGCUCUUCAUCGCAUCUGGUACGCUCUCAGGAGGUGGCGACUGGUCUCCUGGCGGAUCGUCCUCUUCCCGACGACGGCUUGUUCGUCGAUCAAUCGGAGAUGAUUUACUCGAUGGAUUCGCGAUCCUUUUAUCGCGAAUCGUUCAGCAAUUUUAGUAGCAAUGCUCCGCAAAUCGCAUUGACGAGAUUUUCACCGAUGAUCCAGCGAUUCUCGUUGCUUAAUCCUUCACCGGCGAUCUGCAGGAAAGUCGCGAUAAUCAGAUAAAAAUAUAUGAAUUUUGACUCUGGGAGGAUUCGAACCCGCGCCGGUCGCCCCGCCUCUUCUGAGGAAGGUGUGGAUUUAGUCCCACAUCGGUUGUAUGUUGAGUUUUCAGGCGAAUAUAUAGUAAUGUUAGCUUUGUGAGCAAAGUCCCUUCUCUCGCGUGUACGACCACUCCUUGUCGCACAGCCGGUUGGCCACCGGUGACGUGGAAGGGGAGUGGCGUACGCGUGCCUGUCGGUCCCCAAGCCAAGCCGCUCGAGCCCCUGCUCGCGGCUUACUCCCCGACUGUGCUUCCGACCCGCUUGUGGGCACGGCUGGCUGGCAGGUCCCCUCAUUUUUGCAAUAUUUUAUUUUUAUUUCUUGUUCUUCAUUUAUCUCAAAAGUAAGACUGUAAAAGUCGUAUAAAAUCACAUAAUUACCCAAAAAUUCACGUUAAUCAAUUGAAAACCAAAAAUCAUUCUUUAACACAAAUAUAAGUCUAUUUAUCAUGAGUUAAGGCUAAAACUAUACUAUUUACUAAUUAUUAACUCAUGAUAAUGAAGACUUAUCAGGGCCAAAUAGCAAGAGAUCUAAGGAAGGAACUCCAAUGGAAACUGUGGCAAGACCAUGGUACAACAACUAGCAAGGGUCAAGGAGGACCCAAGAUGGCUACAAUAGCCAUGCAAGGGCACAAAGGGGUGCUGCUGUGCAAAGGGCUGCACUUGAGGAAGGACUGCCUAAAGGGAAUUGUCAACAUGAUGACAACACAAGAAGAAGUUGAGUAUACACCAACUCUAAACCCCCUAUAGGUGCUAGGUGUAUAAUGACAACACCAAGACUAGGUGGAUCAACAGAGAUAAGCUGAUCUACAUGGAGAUCACCAUCAAUGAUCAAAUUAUGCUUGCAAUGGUCGAUAGUGGGGUGACCCACAACUUCUGCUCAGAGAGGCAACACAUAUGGGCCUAAUGUUAUCACAAAGAGACAGCCAAAGGAAGGUCAUCAACUCAGUGGUGGCAUGUACCCCGCUUGUUGGUUGGCCAAGUCCCUAUUUUAUCUCCAAAGUAAGGAGGGCAAAGAGGACCCUAUAUUUGCACCCUUGAUGCAAGAUGAAGGGCUUGUAGGAGUGCACACAAUAGAUGCAGUGCUCACCAGAGAGUGGGCUGUGGUGGGGGAGGGAUGUCACAACCCUAACUAGUUGGCUCGAGAUUCUAGUAACAAAAUCUCAACACAUGCCUAAAGAGUAGGCACACAAAUUAUCACUAAAUAAAGUGAAAAUUAAGUUGAAAGUAGGAAAAUAUAAUUCUGAUGUCGUGGUGGUGAUGCGUUGGUGAUGUACUAGAAUUCUUAGUGUUCGGGAGGAUCAUCGUGUAGUGUCCACAACUUGAAAAGCUCUAUUUAAACAAGGACAACAUGGAUAAUCUCUAGAUCUUCUUAUCAAGUCUAAAGAUCAAUGAAAUGGGACAUCGAAUUAUCUCCGGUGACUGUCACCCAAUGAGUGGAAAAACAAUGACUUUGGGGCUCUCCGGUGGUUGUCACCUGAUAGAGAGAAGCUGGAUGGAGGUGAGGCAUGUGUCAAGAAACUUUAGCCUCAGGUAUGUGUUAAAACUAGAUUUUUGUAUUUUAAUUAGUUUUAUUAUUUCAUUUUAUUUUUUUAACUUUCAAAAUAAAUAUAGGAUAUAUUGUUAAUUUCAAAAGUCUGAAGUUAAAAUAUUUAGCAUAAUUUUUUAUUAUUAAAAUAAAAAAACCUUGCACCCACAAGCCAGCUGGCGCUCAAUAGUUGACUAGGAUGGGGGGCAGCAGUCAAGUAGGUAGACUCAAACUAGGGGAGCCACAAGCUGGGCUCAAGUGGCAAAGGACUCGCUGAGCAUAUGUGUGUGUUGCUCCCGUUCUACAUCUCGGUGGCCAACCAGUCAUGGGGCAAGGAUCGCCUAUACACACAUGUGCACACAAGGGCGAACCACCUUACUACCUUUCUCCCAAGAUGGUCCUAAGCAUUAUUUUAUUUUGGGAGAAAGGAUCUCUAUUGAGAGACCAUAGCUUUAGUUUAUGAUUGGCAUAUGGUCUGAAAUAUUUUCAAUGUGAGACUAAAUGUUUUCAUUUGUUUCAGCAUAGCCAUCUAGAGCGUAGUGUGAUCUAGCAGUACGUAGAGAGCCACAUCAUUCAAUUACCCUGAUCCUAUGGCUGGAGAAUCCCCACGAUACCAAAUGCGUAAAGAGAUUCAUCGGCAGUUCGUGAAUCCGGCACCGCUCAGCACACACAUGGCCUUAAAGGAUGAUCCGAUGGCUACAGAGGUGCCACAAUACUAGAACUUAAGUUCCCGAUCAGCAGUGGUUUGUGGCUAGUUCAUCCUACAUCACUCAAUGUCCCACAUACCAAGCUCAUCUAAUCUAGCAAUUGUCAAAGCACCAUGAUACUGAGAACUUAAGUCUUCGUAUCACCAUCAAGGACAUAAAGACAAUAACUAAUUAUUAUCUAGUAAAAUAGACAUUAUCAAUUAUCUUUAAAAUCCCAAUGACAGUCGUGAAUAUGUAAUCUGAUCUUCCCUCUUUUUUUGCGAUCGACAUUUUCAGCGAUCGACAAGCUUCUUUCUUCCUCCCCUGACUACACUUAUGGCUUCUAGUGAGUGGUCAGCUCUUUCCUUCUCCCCCCAAAUGACGGUGACAGCGUGGUUGACCCCUCUUUUGGUGGAUCGCUCCAGCAAGCAGUGCAGCACUUUGAAACGAUACUUCUACAACUUGCGGCAUGGUGUGACACGUCCGAACAAAACCAAGCCACUACACUAGUGUCUCUAGUUGCCCAAGAGGCAAACUAAACUUGGGCAACAAUUUAGUUUCUAUUUUUAGCAUUUACCUACUUGAUUUUGUCAUUUAUUUAUAUUUUACCACAAGUUCUUUCUAUUUCAUACAUGUUUCGAUUGAAAUGAGUAAAACUAAUUCAAAACUUGAUGAAUGAUCGUUAUUUUUCUUCUAAAUCCUCCAAAGCUCAUCUAAGAUUAAGUUAAGAUUGUUUCAACUCUUUUUCUAUUGGUUUUUACAAUCAGAUCUCAACAUAUUCAUGUUCUCAACGUUCUACAAAUAAUGAGUAUUUUUUUAUUUUCGAACCUCAAAAUUCCUAAGAUUAAAGGCUGAUUAAUGAGCAUUCAAUGGUUAAAACAAGUUGCAGACAUUCAUGGCUGACCUCAUGUCAUGUGUGUGAAUCCUCAAGCUUUGAAAAAAUAGGUUGAUUGUAUUUCUCUCUUUCUUCAUUUUCAUCUUAUUUCUCUCUCUACCUCACUCAUGAGACCUCUCUUCUCUUUCCAUCUCUCAUGAAAUCUUUCCCUUUCUCUCCCUUUCUCUUAGUUGAUCUCCUUUUCUUUCUCUCCCUUGAUCGAUCUCCCUCUCUCCUCCUCUUUCCUUCUCUUCCUUUCAUGAGAGAUCUGACAUGACUUAGUCAUUGUAUAGUAAAUCACGCAAAUUUAAAAUUUCUAAAACUAGAAAAAAUGAAUUUUUAGAUAUUUAGAAGUAUUUUUGAACAAAUAUAUCAAGUAUAAUUCAAUAAAACUUUUAAAAAUAGUAAUAAUUUUUCAGGUCAAUCACAAGGAUGUAAUAUAAUAUCAGGUAAUUAUUUAGAAUUUUUCUCAAAGAAUACUAUUUUCUAUAAAUUUUAUACUAGAAAAUAAAAAUUAAAUAUAUUUAAAUUUUACAAAAAAGGGAAAUAAGGGUGUAGACGUCAUGAUGAUGUCAGCACUUAGCGAACACGAAUUGGGCAGAAAUAAAGUUUCACCUGAUAAUUCUUACAUAAGUAAUUAUAGACGAUUUAAUUGAUCAAAUUAAGAUUUGUAAAAGCCAGAAGAAUCAUAAUUGAAUGAAGAAUAUAAUAGUAAAUUUAAAUCACAUAAAUUAUUACUAAAUGAAGCAAAAAUUAAGUUGAAAACAAGAAAAUAGAGUUCUGACAUUACAGCAGUGAUGCGUCAACGAUGCACCAGAAUCUUGAGCAUUUAGGAGGAUAGUCAUGUAGUGUCCACGGUCUCAAAGGCUCUCUUUAGACAAGGACGAUGUAGGCAAUCUCUAGAUCUCUUUGUAAAUUCUAGAGAUCAAUAAAAUGGGUCGUCGAAUCAUCUCUGGUGGCUGUCACCCAACAGAGUAGAAAAAUAGUGACUUUGUGGCUCUCUAGCUACUGUCACUGAUGGAGAGGAGUUGGAUGGAGGUAGGGCGUGUGUCAGGGAGCUUCAUCCUCAUGUCUUCACAGCAAGAAGAGGCUCUUCAUUGCAUCCAAUAUGCUCUCAAGAGGUGGCAACUUGUCUCCUAGCAGAUCAUCCUCUUCCUGACGACGGCUUGUUCGUCGAUCAAUCAGGGAUGCUUUACUUGAUGGAUUCACGAUCUUUUUAUCGUGAAUCGUUCAAUAAUUUUAAUAACAAUGCUCUGCGAAUCGUGUUGACAAGAUUUUUCUCGAUAUUCCAGUGAUUCUGAAUGCUUAAUACUUCACCGGCAAUCUAUAGGAAAGUUGCGAUAAUCAGAUAAAAAAAUAUGAGUUUUGGCUCUAGGAGAAUUCAAACCGCAUCGGUUGCCUACCCUUUUUGGUGAAGGUGUGACUCACGUUUAGUCCUACAUCACUUGUGCACUGAAUUUUUGGGUGAAUAUAUAGUAAUAUUACAUUUUCAAGCAAGUUCCUUUGUCACACGUGUAUGACCACUCCUUGUCCCACAAAUAGUUGGCCAUCGGUGAUGUGGAAGGGGAGGGGCACACACAUGCCCCUAUCGGUCCUAGUCGCUCGAGCCCCUACUCGUGGCUACUCCCUAACUACACUUUCGACUUGCUUGCGAGCCUAGUUGACUAGUAGGUUCCCCUCAUUUUAUUUUAUUUUUAUUUUUAUUUCUUUUUCUUUAUUUAUCUCAAAAGUAAGACUAUAAAAAUCAAAGAAAUUUGUAUAAAAUCAUAUAAUUACUUAAAAUUCACAUUAAUCAACUAAAAACCACUUUUCACACUUUAACAUAAAUAUAAGUCUAUUUAUCAUGAGUUAAGGCUAACACUAUAUUAUUUACUAAUUAUUAACUCAUGAUAAUGAAGACUUAUCAAGAUCUCAUCUUUUUUCUCUCUCUCGUGAGAGCUCUCUCUCCUCCUCUCUCUUUCUCUCUCUUUCACGAGAGAUCUCAUCUCUUCUCUCUCUCGUAAGAGCUCUCUCUCCUCCUCUCUCUUUCUCUCUCUUUCAUGAGAGAUCUCAUCCCUUCUCUCUCUCGUGAGAGCUCUCUCUUCUCUCUUUCUUCUCUCUUUCUUCUCUCUCUCUUUUCCUCCUCCUUCCUUUUCUCCACAUUCUUUCCUUUAUUAUUCUCACCUCACCAUUUUAUUUCAUUAUUCCCAUUAAAUAUUAAUAAAAUAUUUAAAUCAUUUUAUAUAUAAACUUAAUUAGUUUUCACAACAAAUUAAUCAAUCUCCCUAUAUUUGACCUAAGGCUUACUUCUAUACUAAUAUUUUAUUAAGUCUUAGUUAUAAAUAUAUGAUUAGAUAGUGUGCAUUUAAAUGCAACAACAAGUGCACACUAUCUUGUUGGUGUUGUUGUUAGGGAGAUUUGUUAUUAAUUGAUGUUAAUUGAUUUAGUUUUUCAUAUUUCAGUGAUUUUGAAAAUAUAUAUAUAUAUAUAUUAUAGUUUUUAUUAUUUUAUUAUUUUCAUCUAAUUAGUAUUUUAAAAACUAAAAAAAUAGUUUAUUAGGCUCAUUUGAUUUCUAUUUACAUUUAUUUCAUAAUUUCGAAUUUAAAAUCUUUGGUUUCUGUUCAUUUACUUGAGUAUCUUUAUUUUUCAUUGAUUCUAUACUCCUCUUUGACAUAUUUAUUAGAAUCAUAUCUUCAUGUCAUGAUCAUUGCUAGGUUUAAAUUUUGAAAAAUUGAUUUGUAAAUGGUAGACGCAGCUUGCAACCAAUCUUAGAAAAUUCAGCAACUAACCAAUCUUAGAAUUUAGGGGCACAAGAAAAACGAAUUGUACUACUCAUAUUAGAGACUCCAGCAAUAGAAAAAGGAAAACAAAUAUUUUCUAUAUGAUAAGUCUUCAUUAUCAUGAGUUAAUAAUUAGUAAAUAAUAUAGUUUCAGCCUUAACUCAUGAUAAAUAGACUUAUAUUUGUGUUAAACUGUGAAAAGUUAUUUUCAGUUGAUUAACGUAAAUGUUUGGGUAAUUAUAUGAUUUUAUACAAUUUUAUAUGAUUUUUACAGUCUUACUUUUGAGAUAAAUGAAGAAAAAGAAAUUAAAAUAAAAAUAAGAGAAAAUAGGGGAACCCGCUGGCCAGUCGGACGUGCAAGUGGGUUAGAAGUGCAAUCAGGGAGUAGCCGUGAGAAGAGGCUCGAGUAGCUUGGACCAAUAGGGGCACGUGUGCCCCACCCCCCUUCUACGUCACUAGUGGCCAGCCGGCUGUGGGGCAAGGAGUAGUCAUACAUGCACGAGAAAGGGACUUGAUCUAAAAUGUAGUAUUACUAUAUAUUCACUAGAAGUUUCGGCGCACAACCGAUGUGGGACUAAACCUGUGUCACACCCUCUCUAGAAAGGGCGGGGGCAACUGGCGCAGAUUUAAAUCCUCUCAGAGUCAAAAUUCAUAUUUUUUAUCUAAUUAUUGCAACUUUCUUGUAAAUUUCCAGUGAAGGAUUAAGCAACUAGAAUCGUUGGAUCAUUGGUGAAAAUCUCGUCAACACGAUUCGUAGAACAUUGUUACUAAAAUUAAUAAAUGAUACGCGAUAAAAAGAUCGCGAAUCUAUCGAGUAAAGCAUCUCUGAUUGAUCGACGAACAAGCUGUCGUCGGGAAGAAGACAAUCUGCCGAGAGACAAGUUGCCACCUCCUGAGAGCGUACCAGAUGCGAUGAAGAGCCUCCUCUUGUUGUGCAGAUCUAAGGAUGAAACUUCUUGACACAUGUCCCACCUCCAUUCAACUCCUCUCUAUUAGAUGACAACCACCAAAGAGCUACAAAGUCACCAUUUUUCCACUCCGUCGGGUGACAGCCGCCAAAGAUAAUUUGACGACCCGUUUCAUUGAUCUCUAGACCUCGCAAAGAGAUCUAGAGAUUGUUCACAUCAUCCUUGUCCAAGGAGAGCCUUCAAGACCGUGGACACUACAUGACUAUUCUCCUAAACACUCAAGAUUCCGAUGCAUCACUGAUGCAUCGCUGCCGCGAUGUCUGAACUUUAUUUUCCUACUUUCAACUUACUUUACGCUUCAUUUAGUGAUCAUUUCUGUGAUUUUAAUUUACUAAAAUAUGUUUUAUUUCAUUACGAUCCUUCUGGCUUUUACAAAUCUUAAUUUGAUCAAUUAAAUCAUUUGUAAUCGCUUACGUAAGAAUCAUCGGGUGGAACUCUAUUUUCGUCGGAUUCGUAUUCGCCAGGUGUUAAUGUCAUCCUAAUGUCCGCACCCUUAUUUCCCUUUUUCGUGAAUUUUAAAUAUAUUUUAUUUUCAUUUCCUAGUUUAAAAUGUAUAAAAAAUAGUAUUCUUUGAAGAAAAUUCUGAAUAAUUAACAGAUAUUAUAUUACAUCCAUGUAAUCAACUUAGAAAAUUAUUACUAUUUUUGGAAGUUUUAUUAAAUUAUAAUUGAUAGAUUUGUUCUGAAAUACUUCUAAAUAUCCAAAAAUGCAUAUUUUCUAAUUUUAUAAAUUUUAAAUUUACAUGAUUUACUAUACAACGACUAAGUUACGUCACUAUAGAAGUAGAAUCACCUAGGAUGGAUCAUCCAGCCCAAGAAAGUGAGAAUAUUGAAAAUACUCAACCUUAUAAACCCAUAUGUGAUUAUUAUACACCUGAUUUAUAUAGACCUACUUUGCAGGUUAUACCUCUUAUUUUGCCAAAUGUUCAUUUUCAUAUUUUUCAUCACACUCUUCAUAUGUUUCCUAAAUUUCAUGACUUAGCUAAUAAGGAAUCACAUCAGCAUACUCUUCAAUUUUUAGUUGCACGUGAACUUACUCAUAUUCUUAAUAUUCCUCAAGAUGUACUUAGGUUACAUCUUGACGUGACUUAGUCAUUGUAUAUUAAAUCACGUAAAUCUAAAAUUUAUAAAACUAGAAAAUAUAAUUUUUUAAAUAUUUAGAAGUAUUUAUGAACAAAUAUAUCAAUUAUAGUUUAACAAAACUUUUAAAAAAUAGUAGUAAUUUUCCAAGUCAAUUAUAGGGAUGUAAUAUAAUAUUUAGUAAUUAUUCAGAAUUUUCCUCAAAGAAUACUAUUUUUUAUGAAUUUUAUACUAAAAAAUGAAAAGAAAAUAUAUUUAAAAUUCACAAAAAAAGGAAAUAAGGGUGCGGACAUCAAGAUGACAUCAGCACCCAACAAAUGCGAAUCGAGCAGAAAUAGAGAUCCACCUAGCGAUUCUUAUGUAAGCAAUUACAUAUGAUUUAAUUGAUCAAAUUAAGAUCUAUAAAAGUGAGAAGAAUCAUAAUGAAAUGGAGUAUAUGUUGGUAAAUUUAAAAUCAAUAAAUUAUCACUAAAUGAAACGAAAACUAAGUUGAAAGUAGGAAAACAAAGUUCCAGUAUCGCGACAGCAAUGCAUUGGCGAUGUACUUGAAUCUUGAAUGUUCAAGAGAAUCAUCAUGUAGUGUCCAUAGCCUCGAAGGCUCUCCUUAGACAAAGACGACGUGGGCAAUCUCUAGAUCUCCUUAUGAAGUUUAGAGAUCAAUGAAAUGGGUCAUCAAAUCGUCUUCGGCGGCUGUCACCUGGCAGAGCGGAAAAACAGUGACUUUGCGGCUCUCUGGCGACUAUCACCCGAUGGAGAGGAGCUGGAUGGAGGUGGGGCGCAUGUUAGGGAGCUUCAUCCUCAAGUUUGUGCAGAAAAAGGAGGCUCUUCAUUGCAUCUAGUACGCUUUCAAGAGGUGGCGACUUGUCUCUCAAUAG